GAAUGAAAAGUCGUGUGUAAGGAUAGCACACGAAUAAUCAUCUUUUUAUUUUCCCUUUAAUCCCCCCAGGAUGGCAAUCAGACCCGUUUACCGUCCUCAAAUCGUCAAAAAGAGGACAAAGAAGUUCAUCAGGCAUCAGUCCGAUAGAUAUGGUAAACUUAAGAGAAACUGGCGUAAACCAAAGGGUAUUGACAACAGGGUCAGAAGGCGUUUCAAGGGGCAAUAUUUGAUGCCAAAUAUUGGUUAUGGUUCCAAUUCUAAGACUAGGCACAUGUUACCAACUGGUUUCAGAAAAGUUUUGGUACACAAUGUAAAAGAACUCGAAGUUCUUCUUAUGCAAAAUCGCAAAUAUUGUGCAGAAAUUGCCCAUGGAGUUUCAUCAAAGAAACGCAAGGAUAUUGUAGAACGUGCUCAGCAAUUGAGUAUUAGGGUUACAAAUGGAAAUGCUAGGUUACGUAGCCAAGAAAAUGAAUAAGCUAUUAAUUUUGUUUAAUAU